AUGAUAUCUUAUUCACGUAGGGUAACCUCAAUAUUGAAUUGUAGAGGUAAAAUCUAAAACUAUUUAAAGAGGUGGACGCCAACUUAAAUUUCAUUGCAAGGCAAAGAUGGAGAAGAGAGAGAAGGGUUCAAUUCUCUCACUAGCUACCACUCUUUUAGUGGUAUUAGUGUCUCUGAUUAGUUUCCCUUCCCAAACCACAGCCGAUUAUAAGUAUGCUUCUCCACCGCCACCUGUGAAGAAGUACUCGCCACCGCCUCCGGAGAAACCCUACGUCUACAAAUCUCCUCCUCCUCCACCGCCUCCUAAAAAACACUACGAGUACAAAUCACCACCACCUCCACCACCGCCAAAGAAACCCUACGUAUACAAAUCACCUCCUCCGCCACCACCUCCUAAGAAACCAUACUUCUACAAAUCACCACCACCACCACCUCCUCCUAAGAAGCAUUACGAGUACAAAUCACCACCACCACCACCGCCUCCUAAGAAGCAUUAUGAAUAUAAAUCGCCACCACCUCCACCACCACCAAAGAAACCCUACGUAUACAAAUCACCUCCUCCCCCUCCACCUCCGACGAAACCAUACAUUUACAAGUCUCCACCACCACCGCCACCACCAGUUUACAAAUACAAAUCACCUCCACCACCACCACCAGUUUACAAGUAUAAGUCUCCCCCACCACCUCAUUACUAGUGAGAGGAAAAGGAAUUAAGAGAUCAUAAACGCAGCCCAGGAAGAUUGUGAUGGAGCUAGAUACGUUGGAUUUUUACUUGCAUAUGUUAUACUAUAAAAUUUGUGAAAAUAAGGGACACAUUUAAUCCAUGUCUAGUGUUGCAUGGGAACAUGCAUGGUUUUACGUGUUUCUGUUACGUGGUGUGUUUAUUUUGUGCGAGGUUUUGUUGUUGUAAUAUGUUCUUCGUGAUCAUUAUUCUUAAAUAAAUAGUAUAUUUUUAAUUGCCAUCA